CAGCCUAGACGGGCUACUGACAAAAAGAUUCGCACGUCUUCUGCAGUGCAGCUCGUCAUUAUAACCAGAUGCUCCCCGCCGGACCGGACCCGUUCAGUUUCAUGCCGUCCAACCCCACCGGAGCCUGAGCCGAAGGAUGCAGGUUAAAAACCAGAUCUGCACAGAGCGGAGCAGCACCGACGACCCGGAGCAGGAUGACAACCAGAAGAAGACCUCGUGCUUUUCCAACAUCAAGAUUUUUCUGGUGUCGGAAUGUGCGCUCAUGUUGGCACAGGGCACCGUGGGCGCCUAUCUGGUAAGUGUUUUGACCACUCUGGAGAGACGCUUCAACCUCCAGAGUGCCGAUGUGGGCGUCAUUGCCAGCAGCUUUGAAAUCGGCAACCUGGCCCUCAUCUUGUUUGUCAGCUACUUUGGCGCCAAGGCCCACAGACCCCGCCUGAUUGGCUGUGGCGGGAUCGUCAUGGCGUUGGGGGCACUGCUGUCAGCCCUGCCGGAGUUCCUGACUCAUCAGUAUGAGUAUGAGGCUGGGGACUCGUGGCACGCCGAGGACGGCAGGGACGUCUGCUCUAACAACUCCAGGUCAGAGAACCGAGACUCUGGGUUAAAAUGCGGCAACAGAGCCAACACCAACAUGAUGUACCUUCUGCUGAUCGGAGCCCAGGUUCUGCUGGGCAUCGGAGCCACACCUGUCCAGCCUCUGGGGGUGUCCUACAUCGAUGACCAUGUCCACAGGAAGGACUCCUCGCUGUAUAUAGGUAUUUUGUUUUCAACAUUAGUGUUCGGCCCGGCCUGUGGCUUCAUCUUAGGUUCUGUCUGUACCAAAGUCUAUGUUGAUGCUGUCUUCAUCGACACCAGUAAGCUGGACAUCACCCCAGAUGACCCUCGCUGGAUCGGGGCUUGGUGGGGCGGCUUCCUCCUCUGCGGUGCCUUACUCUUCCUGUCGGCCCUCUUCAUGUUCGGCUUCCCCCAGGCGCUGGACGAGCAGGACAUAGAUGGUGGAGGGGAGAGUGAGCAGGCCAUGCUGCCUUCUUCCCUGACCCUGGAGUACCAGGGCUCUAAACCCAACGGGGCCAUUCAUGGCUUUGACAUUAACAGCGGCCUCUCUGUUUGUGAGCAUCUGAGAGUAAUCCCCCGGGUAACCAGGCACCUUCUCUCUAAUCCGGUGUUCAGCUGCAUCACGCUGGCAGCCUGCAUGGAGAUUGCUGUGGUUGCUGGCUUUGCUGCCUUCCUGGGAAAAUACCUGGAGCAGCAGUUCAACCUUACCACCUCCUCAGCCAAUCAGCUGCUCGGAAUGACGGCCAUCCCCUGUGCCUGUCUGGGUAUCUUCCUCGGGGGGCUGCUGGUGAAGAAGCUGAACCUGUCAGCUCUGGGUGCUGUCCGCAUGGCCAUGCUGGUCAACCUGGUGUCCACUGCCUGCUACGUCUCUUUUCUCUUCUUGGGCUGUGACACGGGACCUGUCGCCGGGGUGACGGUCGCCUACAGCAACGAGACGCUGCAGUCCUGGCAGCGACCUGAGUCUGCGUGCAUCAGUAACUGUAACUGCUACACAGCAUCAGUGAGCCCUGUCUGUGGAUCCAAUGGAGUCACCUACCUCUCAGCCUGCUUUGCCGGCUGCACCAAACCAAACCUGACCAGCUGUACGUGUAUAGCCAGCAACAGUGAAGAUGCAGUGGCUCUACCGGGGAAGUGUCCCAGUCCAGGCUGUCAGCAGGCCUUCCUCACCUUCCUGUGUGUUAUCUGUGUAUGCAGCAUGAUCGGAGCCAUGGCCCAGACACCCUCUGUCAUCAUCCUCAUCAGAACUGUAAGUCCAGAGCUGAAAUCGUAUGCCCUUGGAGUUCUGUUCCUGCUCCUGAGACUGAUAGGCUUCAUCCCCCCUCCUCUGAUCUUCGGCAUGGGCAUCGACUCCACCUGUCUGUUCUGGAGCACCGUGUGCGGCGAGAAGGGAGCCUGCAUGCUUUACGACAACGUGGCCUACAGACAUUUGUAUGUCAGCAUCGCCAUUGUGCUCAAGUCGUCAGCCUUCCUCCUGUACACCACCACGUGGCAGUGUUUGAGAAAGAACUACAGGAAAUACAUCAAGAACAGCGAGGGUUACCUCACACCCACCGAGCUCUUUGCCUCCAAUGUGACUCUGGACAAUUUGGGCAAGGAGAUCACCCAGAACCCAGCCAACAGGACAAAGUUCAUAUACAACCUGGAAGACCAUGAGAUGUGUGACAACAUGGAGUCAGUUUUAUAG